AUGGCUCAACAUAUCCUUCUCACUGGCGGUGGUGGCUAUAUUGGAGGCACGAUCCUGGACCAGAUCUUAUCACUCACGAACAGUCCAAUCAAACCCAAGAAUCUCACGGUCACUCUUCGCUCAGAGCAACAAAUUAAAGCUCUGUCCGACAUGAGUGUUCACGCCAUUGCACUCGACCUGAAUGAUGAGGAAGCUGUGAAGGAAGCCGUGCUGAGCAACAACGUCGAUAUAAUCGUGCACAUCGCGAGCGCCUUGGAACCAGCAAUUGCAUCUCACUUGAUCAAAGCUCUGGGUGAACGGCGCAAAGUCAGCAAUGGAGAGGCUUAUUUCAUUCAUUCCUCGGUUACAGCUGCCUUCUCUAAGGAGAAUGGUUGGCCAUUUGGAGAGGUGAAAGACACAGAUACUCUGUACGAUAUGGAGAAACAACUUCCAGCUGGUCACCCAGUUCGAGAUGCAGAUAUCCUUGUGACCGACGUGGCCAGGGCAGAAGGUGUCAUCAGUCUCAUCGUUGUUGUGCCUGUCGUCUACGGGAUGGGAAGUGGAGAAUUCAGGAGGACCUCCUCAAGUAUUCCAUCGUUUCUUCGCACUUCGAUAGCCGACCAGGUCGUCCACAGAUUCGAUAAGGAUGCUCACCCUGCUAUGACACACGUGUCAGAUAUGGCAGCACUGUACAUUCUUCUCCUUGAGAAGAUACUGAACAAGGCGCCGCUUCCCAUGGGGGAAAAGGGGUAUUAUUUCGCUAUGGCCCAUAAAGUUUCCUGGUGGGAUGUGAUGCAGAAGCUUGCCGAUGCCCUGUAUAGGCGUGGGCUUGUGAACGAAGCGAAGGUGGAGAUCUGGCCAAGCGACGAAAUGGCGGCACAGCAUCUUGGAUGGCCACGACAAUUCGUACGCGCCAUGGGCACGUCAAGUGGAGACAUCAUUCCCGUGAAUGCCUUCAAAAUUGGUUGGCAGCCGAAAUGGACUGCGGAAAGAUUUCUCGGGAGCAUGGAUGUGGAGGUUCAAGCUGUGCUGGAACAAGGAGACAAAUUCCAGUCAACCUUGUACGACUCCAUUUUGAACGCCUGA